GGCAACAAUUGCCGCCGAACUGUCAAACGUUAGAAACAUGUCGAUGUAUAAGUAAAUAUACGUUGCGCUUGCAUGUUUUCUACGUUUAAUCUCAGCGUCGCUUAAAAAAUGGCACCAGUAUCUAAAGUGUUGCGGACUUGUGGCUUAUUAUUUUAUUUAAUUUUAAAAGUGUACAGUGAAGAGGCCAGUGUAGGAAAUCCAUGGAUAAUUAAUUUAGAAGUGGAGAGUAAACAAUGUUUAGAUUCGAUCUGUAAUUAUUUAUUGCACGUGCGCGGUGUUCAGUUCCUCGGUCAUUAUUCUUGGAGAUUAACUCCUGGUGCAGCUUCUGUGGGCAGUGAUUGUGGUGAAUUAUAUCCUAAUUAUGAAAUAAAACACAUCGAGACGAGCGAAAAGGAUACGCGCUUGGAAAUAGUUGUGCCAAAUUUAAAUGGAAAAAUAUAUUUCUGUUUACAAGAUCCACAGAAAAAAAAUGUUCAUUCGAGAUGGAAAUACAUCCACCAAGGUGCUAAAUUGUUUUUAGAUCCGAAAAACGAUGUAGUAGCGCCCAAGGAUGAAAGGAACACAACAAAUGAAAAACAAAAGGAUUCGAUUCAUGAAAUUUCCGAAAACUCGACAAAUUGGGUUGAUCUAUCACACGAUAUAGAUGUCAAUUAUCUGCCAAAUACACAACGACAACGAAAAGAGAGAGACGAUGUUGAAGUACUAAUGAAUGAUAAUUACAUCCCACUGAACGAUAUAGACCAAGAUCCAGCUAAAAUAGAAACAUUCGACCCACACGAAUUUGAAUUUGAUGAUCCGUUUAAUACUAGAAUUAAAACAAAACCCAACGGAAGAUAUAGAUAUAGACGAGAAAUUAUAAACAGAGAGAAUAAAGAUAGCUUUGAAGAGAUAAAGACUGCUGAUGAUAUUAUAGGUCCUUUCGAUGAUAAAAUAGAUGAUAAGAUUAAACAUGAUGAUGGAAAUGGACAGCAGAGGAGACAGACAAGUUCUAGGGUGCCGUUUUUUACAACUGUCAAAGCUGAUCCUGUCCCAAUAGUUGUUGAGGGGUUAAGAAUUGAAAGGUCUGAUAAGGAACCCAUUAUUAUAGAUGAAGGUAUACCGAGCGUGCUUGCAGGGAGUGGAUUUACAUUAAGACUUUUUGGUCAAGGUCUGACUCGAAGGACCGUAAUAGCCUUUACUCACGAUCCCAUGGAUUAUGGUCAGCCGUGCAAGUUUUUAGUUAAAGGAGAGUAUAUGGUCAAAGAAGACUCUUUGUUCCCACACACAGCACUCUUCGAAUUAACCGCCCCACAACCAAUAAACGGUCCGAAAUUAUACGUUUGUGCGAAGAAUUUAAAAUUCGGUGCAAGAAGUCCUGAUGAAGACGAAGAUAAAUAUGUACAUAUGGGUUUCGAUACAUGGACAAUGUUGGCGACGCAUAACAAUUUGUUACCGUUAUGGGCAACAUUGACUCUUAUAGUUAUAUGUUUGGGAUUCUCAGCUUUAUUCUCCGGUUUAAAUUUAGGUUUGAUGUCUUUAGAUAGAACGGAAUUAAAGAUAAUUUCAAAUACAGGGACAGAUAAGGAGAGGAAAUGCUCUAGGGCUAUUAUGCCGGUUAGAGAUCAUGGGAAUUAUUUGCUCUGUAGUAUACUUUUAGGUAACGUGGCGGUUAAUUCAACGUUUACGAUACUCCUUGAUGGUUUGACUUCUGGUCUAUUUGCUGUGAUAUUAUCAACACUUGCUAUUGUAUUAUUGGGUGAGAUAACUCCUCAGGCGAUUUGUUCGAGACAUGGAUUGAUGAUUGGUGCAAAGACAAUUAUGGUUACUAAGGCGGUGAUGGCUCUUACCGCCCCCAUGGCGUAUCCUGUCAGCAAGCUCCUAGACUAUUUCCUAGGUGAAGAGAUAGGCAGCGUUUAUAACCGAGAACGUUUGAAAGAACUUGUUAAGGUAACAACUGAUGUCAACGACCUUGAUAAAGAUGAAGUGAACAUCAUCUCUGGUGCUCUGGAAUUACGCAAGAAGACCGUCUCCGAUGUGAUGACGAAGCUAGAAGACGCGUUCAUGCUGCCCAUCACAUCGAUUCUGGACUUUGAGACUAUGUCGGAGAUUAUUAAAUCAGGUUACUCGCGUAUUCCGGUAUACGAAGGUAGCAGGGUCAAUGUUAUUACGGUCCUGUUCAUCAAAGACCUGGCAUUCGUGGACCCUGAUGACAACACGCCGUUGAAGACCCUCUGCCAAUAUUAUCAGAACCCUUGCAAUUUUGUCUUUGAAGAUGUCACCCUGGAUGUCAUGUUUAAACAAUUCAAAGAAGGUCAUAAGGGACAUAUGGCAUUCGUUCAUCGUAUCAACAAUGAAGGGGAAGGAGAUCCUUUCUACGAGACGAUUGGUCUUGUCACAUUGGAAGAUGUCAUCGAGGAGAUGAUCCAAGCUGAGAUUGUCGAUGAAACUGAUGUUUUCAUGGACAACCGCACGAAGCGUCGUCGCAACCGACCUCAGAACAAGCUACAGGAUUUCGCAGCAUUCGCUGAGAGACACGAGAACCAACGUAUACACAUCUCUCCGCAGCUAACCCUCGCAACAUUCCAGUUUCUGAGCACCAGUGUAGACGCAUUCCGACCUGACACAGUAUCGGAGACGGUGUUACGUCGCUUACUAAAACAAGAUGUGAUUCAACAUAUUAAAGUGAAGAAUAAAAGCAAACGGGACGCCUGUACUUACGUCUUCCAGCAAGGGAAACCGGUGGAUUACUUCGUGUUGGUGCUGGAAGGUCGUGUGGAGGUGACAGUAGGUCGGGAGAAUCUGGUGUUCGAGGCUGGACCAUUCACAUAUUUUGGAGUUCAGGCUCUCACACAGAACAUUGGAGUUGCGGAAUCUCCAACACCAUCAGCUAUGGGGUCCCUCCAGAACAUCAAUAUGGAUUCGAUGUUACGACAUACGUUUGUACCAGAUUACUCCGUACGAGCUAUUACUGAAUUAUAUUACCUUACUGUUAAACGUUCACUAUACUUAGCGGCGAAGAGAGCUACGCUAAUGGAGAAAGGGGCGCUGUCUAAAGGUGCAACUAAUGAACAAUUUGAUACUGAAGUUGAUAAGCUGCUUCAGUCUGUUGAUGAAGAUAUCAGUAUCAGCGGUGAACAUAAGACACCUUCGCGUCAGGUGUCACCAAACCCAAUGCCGGUGUCGGCAUCCCCGCUCACCAGGUCAUCAUUCGCGAGAGCCUCACCAGACAAGAAUGGAGACAAGCCUGAUGAACAGGAGAAACUCCUAAAGUAAGAAGUGUUGCUAUAUACACAUUUAUAGUUGCCAUAUUUACAAAAAAUAAUAAUAUCUACGUCCUAUUGUAAUACAGGUGAUGUUUAAAAAAAAUCUCCCAAAAUAUCGGGGAAUUUUAUUAUAUUAAAAUUAUUGUGGCACUAAAUAUCUGUAAAUCGAUGUGAAAGUUAAAUAUUAAGGUUUUUUAUUAUGUGUUUAUAUAAUAUACGUGUUUUGUAUGAAAAAUACAGGUAAAUAAGCUUACAUACAGUAUUAUAUAAUUGUUAUGUUCCCGUACAAGUAGGUUUUUAACAUUAAAUAGCUUAGCGUUUGGCUUCUGAGACGAAAAUCCACGUUUAUAAUAUUUAGUUAACUCUGUUUUCGUCAUAGAUAAUGACAAGGACGACAAUAUUAACAGAGGUUUCGUUCUCAGAAACCAAACCUUAAAAAAUCAUCAGAAUGUUACAUAUUUUAAAGUGCUUUUUUUCAUAAUUAUUCAAUUUUUUUUUAAUUAACCAGUCACAAUAAUCAAUAUUUAAAACAUUUAUUGCAUGUUUAAUAAGUCGCUUUAACAGAUUUAAAUAAUCAUACUAUAUAAAUGUAUGUAAAUUGUUAAAUAUGCACCACAGAUGUCAUAAUCGUCCAUAUUAUGUUGGCAACACUGAAUGUUGUCUAUUCCAAUUUCAAAUACGUACUUACGAUACAUUGUCUCUGUCGCUCUUAAGGGUUUAGAAAGAGACGCACUGUUAUUUAGGUGUAGCCUGCACUAUACGUUAAAAGUUUGUAUAAAAUUGACAAUAUUUUAUACAAUUUCUAAUCAAUUAUCUCAAAAUACUAUGAGAGAUAUUUUAUAAAGAAAUAAAUAACUUAUGUACUUAUUUAUUUAGUGGAUUUUAUAUUUAUGACUAACAACGCGGCUCGCCAUACGUUAUGUUCCAUCUCCCGAUAUGGCGAAAAAGAUUGU